AUGUACAGCCGGCCAAGUGCCGCAGACUCGCGCUUUGGCGCCAAUUCCUAUCGCCUCAAACCUGACGAGAAUCGCCGUCCUAACUUCAGUCGAAGUGAACCUGCUCUAAGUUCUUUUGAUGUUGAUAUGAAGGACGUAUCUGCUACAUCUGGACGGGUCUAUCGUGCGUCCCCUGCGCCUCCCACGGCGUCGUCGAGCUUUGGCCAGAACCGACAAGCACUGCGUGAGCGCCCAACCGGUACUUACCGACCUUCUGCUAUAAGCCGCUUGAUGGCGCCGACGGCCUCGUCACUGGCACAUCGAACGACAUCAAGAUUGACACCUUCUUCUUCAAAUGGGUCAACAAUGCCAUCGUAUGCUCGACCGACCGCCAGUAGCACUAUUGGCAGACAUCAAGUUUCGAGAAUCCCGUCCGCACCGACGAAAAAAUCGACAUACGGUAGUGGUACAAACAGAUUCCAGUCAUCUGUAUCAGCUUCAGCAGCAAGUUCUAUGCCUAGACGCAGCAGCGUCUUGUAG